CGCCGCCGGCUCCACCGGCCAAACACGCCGCAGCCUUCUCUCUUUCCUCAACGCCGACUCCACCGCUGACUUUGAUGCUUUUGCCUCCCACGCCGUCACGAAACUCCUCGUUGACGGCAGUCGCACCGGCGGCCCGAGCAUCGCGGCGGCUAACGGUGCUUGGAUGGAGCGGACUCUCACUUUUAACCCCUCCUAUAAGCAUCUCUUGGCAAAUUCCUACCAUGCAGCUCUUCAAUCGGUUGACUUUCGUUACCAGGAAAAGGUAGUCAUGAGAAGGAUGAAAUAUAACAAAAUAAUGAAAGAUGCAUGUCACGCUAAAUCUUCAGGCUACUUGAUGAGUUGUUAAUGCUGAAUACCCUCAAUUCUAAGUUGAAUUUGAGUCUCCUGGUAAGCUGUGAUCCGAGAUAAAAGGCAUUCCGAGGCUGGAUCAUCACUUGGGAAGGUUAUCUAUCAGGCAUUGUCUUAGGGAGGCGAACUAUGUACACCGCCCAUUCUUUAGCAAAGUCUAGUUCUUAAAUUAGUAGCUUUAGUGCAUUUUUAGUAUUGCUAGUUUACUCUCAAAUGUUUUAGGGGUUUGUUAGACUUUGGAAAUACCCCACGUACACUUGAG